UGUGUCUUUAAAUACCGUGGGCAGCUCCGCGCGCGAACCGAAUGUGUGGCGCUUCGCGCGCACCGUCUCCAACGCGUUCGCCGCAUCCGUCCGCGCGACUCCUCGUCUCGCGCCCCACACAGCGCGCGCCCCGGGAUCCUCUCCGCGGACGUCAGACUGCAGUAGCAGCAGCUGAGCAGAGGCAUCGGAGUCGGCGGCGGCGGCGGCGGCUGCGGCUGCGACCGCGACCGCGAUCGCUCAACGGCGCAGCAACCCGCUUCUUCGAUCGUGGGCGCGCUGAAUCCGGAGCGCGCGCCUCUCGCCUUCCCGCCCCGGCCGGAGACCGUUUCCUUGCCCCUUUUCUCGGAAUGCAGCCUUUCCCGUUUCUGAACAAACGCACGACGAGCUCGAGCGGCCGCCGGGCUUCUAGCGGCAUCCCGUUAGCGCUCAUCAUCGUCGGGGUUCGACGGGAAGUCAGGCGUCCGCGAGCGCGAGCGCGAGCGAACGACGCCGGGGCGGGCGCGAGCCCGGCGUGCGGCAAUUAAAGGUCCCCGCCGCGGCGGAGCCGGGGAAGCGCGAACUCGCGGCGUGGAGGGUGUCGGAGGAAAGGAUGCGUUCCGUGGCUGCUGGACGUGGUGGCGUCGCUGCAACCGCUGCAACCGCUGCACCGCUCGCCGCGGCUACGGGCUCCGGCGACAGCCGCCGAUCGCACCGGAUGAAUUAAUUAUCAUUUUUUAUAAUCCAGCCGUGUUGGAGUGGAGUUGCGAAGCCGCGGGUCCCCGGUGAGCAUCGCUCCCUCCACCCGACGACGGGAGCUGGAGAAGGUCCGCGCUCCAGAGCCGUCGCUGUGCCGGGAAGAUACGGCGUCAUCGGCUCUUCUCACCUGAGUGUGGAGAAUCUCACCUGGACACGCGUGGAGGUCCGGUGUGUGACAUGCGAGAAGCUCCGAGCGCCGCUGACGGACGGUGCAGAGCAGGGAAGAGCCUCCACGCGCAUAUAAAUCCCCGAAAAGCCCCUUCAGAGGGCGGAACUCUGGACACGAAGAAAGGAGCGCGAGGCUCGUCAUCUCAGUCGAGGAUCAGGCUGAACGUCUCCUGAUUGCGGAGCUUCGCUGAAGAGCGGCGGACGUUGGGACCGGCCUACACCAGGCAACCGUGCUCUACAAAGUCUUUACCAGCAUUCUGUGUAGGAGACCACAAGUGGACCAAGACAUCCCAAGUGUGUGAAGCUUUGAGCAGCCACUGUUCUCCGUUUUUGAAACCCUUGUUGGUUCAACCCACUCAAGUAGUCGCUGUGAAAGUGACAAAGCCAUGUGGUCGGGAGAUGGAUACCAGUAGGACACCAGUGGGACACCUGCUGAACUUGAGUUGUACGGGAACUAUCAGUUGGUCCUUCUUAGACAUCUUUGACUUCACGACAAACGCUCAAAGUUUUCUUUAUGUAUUAUUGGACUGACCUUUAUUUCUCAUCUGACCUGUUGAUUUUGAUGACUUCCUGACUAUUGUCGUCAGCUCGUUCGGAUACUUGACAGAGCCGCUGGCCUUCGGCAGGCACGGGCCUCACGUUGCGUUUGCUUGUUUCCUUGGUGACAUGUCUGAGUGGCACCGGGGCGUGGGAUGGCCCGUCUCAUGCUGAAGCUCCGCCGCUAUGUCCGUCGUAGACCUCUCCGCUUCCUAUUCUUUGUCCUCCUCUACCUCUCGGCUGGGGGUAGCCUGGUUUUCCUGCGUUCCGGGGAGACGGUUGUGGGCCAUCAGUGGCCUGGUGCAGAAGAAGGACGCGUGGCCCCUGAGGGACAGGGCUUUGGGCUCAUCAGCCAGGUUUUCAGGGAGGGCUGGAGGCCGCCACAGAGGUACGACCCACCUUGGCUGAAACAAAAGUCCCAGGAGCUCUCCAAGCGGGGGCGGGAAGGGGACCGUGCUGUCGGCUGGAGCCGUGCCUUGAAAGGGCGAAGCUCAAAGGAUUCAGAGGAAGGACGAGCGACAUACCUGGGCUGCUAUGCUGACGACACCCACAAGAGGGCUCUCCGGGGGGCGUCCUUUUUCGACUACAAAAAAAUGACCGUCUUCCGUUGCCAGGACAACUGCGCCGAGAGGGGUUACCUGUAUGCAGGCUUGGAGUUUGGUGCAGAGUGCUACUGUGGCCACAAGGUGCAGGCUGCCAAUGCCAGCGAGAGCGAGUGCAACAUGGACUGCAAGGGCGAGCGGGGAAGCACCUGUGGAGGGGCCAACCGGCUCUCUGUCUACCGGCUGGAGCUGAGCCAAGAGUCUGCCCGUCGUUAUGGAAGUGCGAUCUUUAAAGGAUGCUUCAGAAAGCCAGAAAACAUUAACUUGACUCUUCCCAUUGGUGCCACCAUCUCGAAUAUGUCCAUCGAUAAGUGCGUGGACUUCUGCACUGAGAAGGAGUUCCCGCUGGCUGUGUUGGCAAACCCCUGGUGCCGCUGUGGCUUCCCCACAGUGGCCUUCCCACUACAUGAACGGGAGGAUGAAGACCUGUGCCAACAGCAUUGCCCAGGUGAUGAUUCUGAGAGCUGCGGCACGGAGGAGUACUUCCUGGUGUACCAAACGCAGGUGCAAGACAAGCGCUGCAUGGACCGGCACUUUCUUCUCUCCCGGGGCAAGCAGUUGACUGCCCUGGCCAGCUUCCCUGGGGCGGGCAACACCUGGGCACGGCACUUGAUUGAGCUCGCCACUGGCAUCUACACUGGCAGCUACUACUUUGACGGCUCUCUCUACAACAAAGGCUUCAAAGGGGAGCGGGACCACUGGAGAAGCGGACGGACCAUCUGCAUCAAGACCCAUGAAAGUGGCAAGAAGGAGAUCGAGGCCUUCGACUCCGCCAUCCUGAUGAUACGCAACCCUUUCAAGGCCCUCAUGGCCGAGUUCAAUCGCAAGUAUGGCGGCCACGUUGGGUUUGCCUCGCAGACCCACUGGAAAGGGAAAGACUGGCCGGAGUUUGUGAAGAACUAUGCUCCUUGGUGGGCGUCCCACACGUUGGACUGGCUCAAGUUCGGCAAGAGGGUCCAUGUGGUGCACUUUGAGGAGCUCAAGAAGGACUUGUUUACCCAGCUGAGGAACAUGGUGCUUUUCCUGGGCCUGGGUGUGUCUGAGGACCGCCUGCUGUGCGUGGAGGGCCAGAAGGAUGGCAACUUCAAGCGCUCCGGCCUACGUAAGCUGGAGUAUGACCCGUACACACUCGAGAUGCGGGCCAACAUCGAUGGCCUUAUUCGGGUGGUGGACCGAGCUCUGAGGGACAGGCAGUUGCCGGGGAUUCCAGAGGAAUACCGACCCAGAUGAUGAUGCUCCUCCUUCCGAUACUCUUGCGUCUCGUUUUAAAACCCCUCCUUUUCUGGAAAGCCGGAAACUGCCUCUCGGUUGAGACACCGGAGCACUGAGAAGAUUGAGGGACAGCAGUCUGAAGUGCGGAGCAACGUUCAACUCACAUCCCAGCCAGUAGGAGACCCUGUAAAAUAAUGCAUGCAUGAUGUGCAUAAAUCCCUGCUGACAAUCACUGGUUUCUCUGCCCACGCAUGGGUGUUUUAAGUCUUGCCUUAACAAGGAGGCUGUACAUGUAAUAACUGGCUGCUUUAUUCACAGCCAAUUUCGGUUAAUUUUCACUGAAUUUUUGGAUACUCAACAAAACCGGUCGCCCAAAGUUCGUUCCUCUGCGCUUCUCGCCGGUUUAAACGCAUUAUGUUCUUGUCUGAACACUAAUUUAAAAUGCUCUUCAUAUACAGUACAAUUUUUUAAGUAUAUAAAACGGGCUUUUGACAUUUUUGCAUGCUAAAUGUCGAGGUCUGCAUUUCAAAAAAAAGAAAGAAAGACGUCUACGAGAGAGUCAUCUAAAAACUAUCGGAUGUGAACGGUACCAACAGUUCCUUCUUAUUUUGAGAAGCAGAAGGAUCAAAGUUUAGGCAUUAAACCUCUUCUUUAGUUUUGUGCUUUGACCUAUAUAAGAGUUACGGAACAUCAUCUGGCAACAUGACUUUAGAAGACAGUCUUAUUCGGGGUAAAAUUCAAAGUAAGGCAGUAAAAUAAAGAAAAAGUAGCGUAACGCAGUAGACAGAUUUCAUUAGCUUACGUUGUGUGAAUAUUAAUUUUGUAUCCAAGGUCAGCAGCUAUAAAUGGACAAACUUUCAGCAAAAAAAGAGGAAAAACCUAAAAGGUAAAUUUACUUUAUAAUAUCUCUAAUCAUUUUAUUUUUAGUAGCUGUUUUAUCGGUUGCUUAACAACCUGUAGCAGUCAAGAGAAUUGUUUUUUUUUUUUUUUUAAUAUUAUCUGUUCUACAGCAUAUGAUUUAAUGUUUGUCUCUUUCCAACACAGAUUAAUUAAUGUCCCGGAUUAUUACACUGGUUGGUGUUUCCGAUGGCUCAAUAAUUGCACAUUUCAGAGUUUUAUUAGAUGUUUUGCCUCUAAGAAAGGGCUGGGGCUGCUAUUAGGCGUCUUUUACCAACCCCGUCCUGAUUUCUCAACGACCGAAUCUUGUCCUUUUAGCACCAGAGCUGCAAAUUGCCUUGGAGUUCUGCGGAUCUCGGUUACCUGUUCCAGCUCCCCAGCGGGGGCCUUGGUUUGUUCGCUGGAUGGUUGACAACAAGAAAGCACUCGGGAUGGUGCUGAGCUGCCGAGCACUUUGGGCAAACUUAGGAGAGGGUUAAUGAUACAUUGAACACUCUGAUUUUGCACGUGGAACACUGGUAUACCACAUUUUUAAGGCACAUGAAGAUAACCUGAGCCUGUUUGCUGCCAGGAAAUACGGUUUUGGUAGAUUGAAAUAAACUGAUUAAAGAAUCAAGGUUUUCUGCCCUUGUAAGCAGGUUGGAAAUACAAGAUUGGGUUGAAAAAUAGUGGCAACAUUUCACUUUAGCUCCAGUGCCACAGAAAAAAGUGCGUAUACAGGUGAUCCCCGACUUACGAUGGUUCGACUUACAGUUUUUCGACUUUACGAUGGUGAGCUGGCGAUAG